CCCACACUAUUGCUGCAAUUUCCACCACAACACUGUAAUGUCCCUUUAAAAGGUUUGUAUGAAAGAUUGUUUGGGUAGUUUCAGUGGAGAUGAACAGUGACACCAGAGAACAUGUCUGAUAUGGAGGGAAUUUUGACUUCAUCCAUCAACUUUUGAAGAAAAGCCAAGCAGACAGAUCUUGAAGAAAGGAUUUCCUGAGCCAAAACCUCUAGGUCAUGAUGAAUGAGCACGGAUUGGCCAUCGAUUUGCUGCUCAUCUGCAUGUCUUGUGGAGCAGCAAGUGUACUUGCAGCAUUCAAUUCCACUGUCUCUGCUCCACCGUCCACCAGUUUCUCUGACAAUAACUCCACAUAUCACACGGACCAUGUAAACUUUCCAAAAAACAGACGGAAGAGGUACAUUUCCCCAGACGACCGGCUGGUCAUUCUUGAUUACCACAAUAAAGUCAGAGGAAAUGUUUUCCCUCCAGCUUCUAACAUGGAAUACAUGGUUUGGGAUGAAACACUCGCUCAGAGAGCAGAACAGUGGGCUUCUAUGUGUCUUUGGGAACACGGCCCUCCUAAUCUUCUCAGAUUCCUCGGGCAAAACCUUUCUGUACGAACUGGAAGGUACAGAUCCAUCCUGCAGCUAGUGAAGCCAUGGUACGAUGAAGUGAAAGAUUAUUCUUUCCCAUAUCCACGUGACUGCAAUCCCAGAUGCCCUCUUAAAUGCUACGGGCCUAUGUGCACACAUUACACACAAAUGGUUUGGGCCACGUCGAAUAAAAUCGGAUGUGCUAUACAUACAUGUCACAAUAUGAAUGUGUGGGGCUCACUGUGGAAGAGAGCAACGUAUUUGGUGUGUGACUAUUCAGCAAAGGGUAAUUGGAUUGGUGAAGCUCCCUAUAAAGUGGGCGUGCCUUGCUCAAUGUGCCCUCCCAGCUACGGUGGCUCAUGCAUGAACAAUAUGUGUGUUCCUGCUGUGAACUCAAACUACCUGCACUGGUUUAAAUAAACACACACACACACACACACACACACACACACACACACACA